UGUUCCAAAGCGAUCGUUCCGCAACGUACAAUGGGAUCUCUACAGCAGAAGAAAGUUGACGAAGAGGCUACAAACAAGUGCGACACGCGCUUCAUCAAUCCAGCCUUGGUUGUCUUCUUGUCUGUCGAAGCGGCGUAUGUGAUGCAAUGGCCUUACGACUGCAUCGUCUACACGAACCAGAGCUUCAACCGCAGACAAAUAGCGCUCAUAAUCGCCAUGCAACAAGUGGCCUCCGUUGUUGCCUUCAUGUUUCCUUGGCCUUGGUGUUCUCGAAGAUGUGUGAUCAUCGUCUGUCAGAUUAGUGCUGCUUUCAGCUGCGUUCUCAAGAUGAAUCAUAUGUUCCAGACAGCUGCUGUAAUUCAAGGGGUAGCUGUUGGAACCACCAUGGCCGUAACCGACCUGAAACAGUCUGUCCAGCGGGCAUCUCACUAUAUGAACCACGUGUCGAUGUUAUCCUGGACCCUAUCCAGCUUCCUAGUGGAAUUCCUCACUGUACCUAUCGAUACCGUAUACGUUGUGGCUGGGUAUAUCUUUCUGUGCACCGCCCUCGGUUCCCACUUCUUCCUUGGCGAUAAUGACGUCUUCGUCGGGCAACCCGAGGCCCUGUCCGAGCAGAUAGAAACGUGGAUGCGGUGUCUUUUGUGGCACCUCGAGAGCAAGAAGUUCUCCAUACUGUUCCUCGGCAGGACAUGCAUCGAGGCCACAGCAGCGGUUGCCCUGAUGGUAUUUCCAAUCGUGGCACGGGACAUGUGCUUUCACUUUUCCGGAUCUAUGGGUAUCCUCAUGGUACUUCGGCUUGUCUUUCAGAUAGCCGGUUGCAGUUUCGGCCGUUUCCUGUCUGUCUCCUGGUAUUGGCGACUCAUGGCAGAAGUUGGCGGUUGCAUUACUUCGAUAAUUGGCAUAACCGCCCUCAAUAACUUUCAUAUCCCCAUACAAGUCUGCUGGGCUCAUCUGCUUCUGGCUUUCGGAAGCGGCCAAAGUGGCGCAGGCAGGCUCGCGACUUGGCCGGGUGUUGCUGGAAACCUCCUCGGAGCCGGUCUCUUAGUUUUCCCAACAUCGGAAGAUGGUCACUACUUUCAGGAAGUCAUUAGACGAGCAUCCAUGUUGAUCUGCUUGGGCACCUCAGCCAUGGUGUGCGCACUGAUCAUGUGGUCGUCGUGUUGGUCAAGAUGGAGGUGUCCCUUUGGCUUCGGUUGCAAGUAGUUGACCAAUGGCGAAACAAUGCUGUGUUUAGGAGUAUCGUACUCUGUUGGAUACAAAUCUCAAUAGUUCGAUCUUCACCGUACUAUGUACUGGUUUGCUGAGUGCAGAGUAAAAAACACGUC